AUGGCUGCGAAGGAACCGCCUGAUUUGAAGGUCUUACAUUCCGAUCUGAAACAGUGUGAUAUCCUGCUGGGGCGAGGCGGCAACAACCACAAGUUUGCGGGGAAUCAAUGGCUGCGGGCGAUCGCCCACGAGUUGAAGGAUAAGUACAAGAAACUUGGAAAGAAAGAGAAAACCGACCUAAGCAAGGAAGUCGUCAAACAUGUCUGUGAAAAAGGAGGACGAUUUUUGCAACGAGAUCCGGAGAAUGGCGACUGGACAGAUAUGAGCAAUUCGGACGACGCGAGAGAAAAGGUUGCCCAAUGCCUCCGAGACGCUGUUGCCGUUGCCAACAAGAAGGACAAGGAGAAGAAGAAACGUGUUGCUGAACCAACGGAUGAAAACCCUGCCAAGAGGCCAAGCAUAACCUUGGACAUCAAAAGCCUCCCUCCCCUGCCCAGCCUAGUUAAUUCACAAGAUGAACCGAAGGCAGAGAAGACUGGGAAAGAAUCUGCCGUUGGUCAGAAAGUGAAGCCCAUCGACAAGGCGGACUCUGUCGCUGCUGCUUCGCUUUCUCCGAGCGAUCGAAACGGCUUGAUUGCAUCCAAUCGUUCCCGUUGUGGGUCGGAGCUGCGAGACUCAACCUGCGGCCCGCCAGGUUCGAAACCGAUUCCUCGCAGGGCAUCCACCGGUAGUAACAUCGGGCUGCCAAGGCAUCCCACGGGUAUCGGUACUUUCAUGAAAGUUCCGAACAUCGCAACAAACACGCGACCCGCUGUUCCGAGCCUUGACGGAAGCGGUUCGUCCGUCCAUUCUCUGCCUCCCCCAGGGACAGGACCGUGCUUCUGCCGUGGGGUUCCUCUCAGCCCCGGUACCAUCAUCGUUGCGUGUGACCCUAACACAGGGAACAACACGUUCUGGGUACCAGAGAUGCCUCUGGUGUUAAGACCUAUGUCUCACUUGCCGCCCAAUGUUGCCUCCACCCUUCCUGAUCUUCCUCUUGUUCAGGGACGAAGUGGCCGUCCCUUUUUAUUCCAGGCCCCACCCGCGGCACAGCCGGCGGUGGCUCGGGCACGGAAGCGUUCGGGCCAGCAGUCGAAACAAAACAGACAAGCGCAUGACCUAGAUCCGAUUUUGUUGGAAGAUCCCAGAGCUAAUCCUUUUCAUAGUGAAUUCGAUGGCUUUGCGGCAAGCUCGACAGAAGAAGACUCAACAAGGACCAACCAACGAGCCGCAGACUCUCUCCUCCCGGAUCCAGACAGAGUAUUGGGUACUGGCGGUAUUAAUAGUCGAGAAAACUUACAAAGUGACGCUCCUUCUGGCGAAUCAACUUUUGAAAACAACGGAGGUGCGGAGCCAUUUUUUGAUUGGAACCAUUCCAACUCUGGACAGCGCGUUGAUGAUGCCACGUCUUCUGUUGAAGGCGAUGCAAUGAUGGAAGAUCCUCUAUCGGAUGAUUCGGAUACGGGCAGUCCGUUAGUGAUGUUGUGA